AUGCCGGCUCUGCCAGCACUGCUGCUGUCAAUACACAUCCUCUCCUUCCUGCUAGUCACCAUGCCGCCACGCUCCCUCAGUCAGGCCCCCCUGCUCUCCUCGGUCCGAAUGGCUGCAAUCCUGGAUGACCAGUCAGUGUGUGGGCGCGGGGAGCGGCUGGCGCUGGCCCUAGCGAGGGAGAACAUCAACAGCGCUAUGGAGGGCGCGUCCCGUGCCCGAGUGGAGGUGGACAUAUACGAGCUGCAGAAAGACUCCCAGUACGACACUACAGACACCAUGUGUCAGAUUCUACCCAAAGGCGUCGUGUCUGUGAUAGGUCCCGCUGCCAGCCCCGCCUCUGGCUCCACUGUCAGUCACAUAUGUGGAGAGAAGGAGAUCCCUCACGUAAAGAUUGGACCCGAGGAGACGCCACGCUUGCCGUACCUGCGCUUCGCCUCUGUCACUCUGUACCCUAGCAACGAGGACCUGAGCCUGGCCAUCGGAGCCAUCUUGCGCUCGUUCAGUUACCCCUCAGCCAGCCUGGUCUGUGCCAAGGCUGAGUGCCUGCUGAGAUUGGAGGAGCUGGUCCGCCGCUUCCUCAUCUCCCGGGAGACGCUGUCAGUCAGAAUGCUGGACGACAACCUGGACCCCACGCCGCUGCUGAAGGAGAUCCGUGAUGACAAAGUGGCGACCAUCAUCAUCGACGCCAAUGCCUCUGUCUCUUAUCUCAUCCUCAAGAAGGCAUCCGAGCUGGGGAUGACAUCAGCAUUUUACAAGUACAUCCUCACCACCAUGGACUUCCCCCUCCUAAGACUGGAUGAUAUAGUGGAUGAGCACUCCAAUAUUGUGGGCUUCUCCAUGUUCAACACCACACAUCCCUUCUACUUGGAGUUCAUCAGGAGCCUCAACCUCUCUUGGAGGGAGGGCUGCGACCUCACAUAUCCCGGCCCCGCGCUCUCGUCAGCGCUGAUGUUUGACGCGGUGCAUGUGGUGGUGGGGGCGGUGAGGGAAUUGAACCGCAGUCAGGAAAUCGGUGUGAAGCCUCUCAGCUGCAGCUCACCUCAAAUCUGGCAACACGGGACCAGUCUGAUGAACUACCUGCGCAUGGUGGAGUACGAUGGUCUGACAGGCCGUGUGGAGUUCAACAGCAAAGGUCAGAGGACCAACUACACCCUGAGGAUCCUGGAGAAACACAGAGGAGGCCACAAAGAGAUUGGGAUCUGGUACUCGAACAACACCCUGGCGAUGAAUUCCACCAGUCUGGAUAUCAAUGUCUCGGAGACGCUGGCAAACAAGACACUCGUUGUCACCACCAUACUGGAAAACCCGUAUGUGAUGCGCAGGGACAACUACCAGGAGUACCAGGGUAACGACCAGUACGAGGGCUUCUGCGUCGACAUGCUGAGGGAGCUGGCCAACAUCUUGAAAUUCUCCUUCAAGAUCAAGCUGGUGGAUGAUGGGCUGUACGGGGCUCCAGAGCCCAACGGCUCUUGGACUGGCAUGGUUGGAGAGUUAAUCAACAGGAAAGCAGACCUGGCCGUGGCGGGCUUCACCAUCACGUCAGAGAGAGAGAAAGUUAUCGACUUCUCUAAGCCGUUCAUGACCCUGGGGAUCAGCAUCUUGUACAGAGUUCAGCUGGGUCGGAAGCCUGGUUACUUCUCCUUCCUCGAUCCCUUCUCUCCCGCUGUCUGGCUCUUUAUGCUGCUCGCCUACCUGGCUGUCAGCUGCGUGCUCUUCCUGGCUGCAAGGCUGAGCCCCUACGAGUGGUACAACCCUCACCCGUGUCUGCGAGAGCGCAGGGACAUGCUGGAGAACCAGUACACACUGGGAAACAGCCUGUGGUUCCCUGUUGGAGGCUUCAUGCAGCAGGGAUCAGAGAUAAUGCCCAGAGCCCUGUCGACCAGAUGUGUUAGUGGGGUGUGGUGGGCGUUCACCCUGAUCAUCAUCUCCUCCUACACGGCCAACCUGGCGGCAUUCCUCACUGUCCAGAGGAUGGAGGUUCCCAUCGAGUCCCCCGACGACUUGGCCGACCAGACCAACAUCGGGUACGGCACCAUCCAUGGAGGGAGCACCAUGACCUUCUUCAUGAACUCACGUUACCAGACCUACCAGCGCAUGUGGAACUACAUGAACUCCAAGCAGCCCAGUGUGUUUGUGAAAAGCACCGAGGAGGGCAUUGCCCGUGUGCUCAAUUCAAAGUAUGCCUUCCUGUUGGAGAGCACCAUGAAUGAAUACCACCGCGGCCUCAACUGUAAUCUCACAAAGAUCGGAGGCCUGCUGGACACCAAGGGCUACGGCAUCGGCAUGCCACUGGGGUCUCCGUUCAGAGAUGAGAUCACGCUGGCCAUCCUCCAGCUGCAGGAGAACAACAGGCUGGAGAUACUGAAGAGGAGGUGGUGGGAGGGGGGCCAAUGUCCUAAAGAGGAGGACCACCGUGCCAAGGGUCUGGGGAUGGAGAACAUUGGGGGCAUCUUUGUGGUGCUGAUCUGUGGCCUCAUCAUUGCCGUGUUUGUGGCCAUUAUGGAGUUUGUGUGGUCGACGCGCCGCUCGACAGAGACCGAUGAGGUAUGCCCCCAUACCUGCCCUCGCCGACACCACAGACACACCCCAGUGUCUGUCUGUCAGGAGAUGAUCACAGAGUUCCGAAACGCCGUCUCCUGUAAGAAGAGCUCCCGUAUGCGGCGCCGUCGGCCCCUCAGCAGCUCCGCGGCCCUGCGCCACCCGGCACGCAUCGCUCUGGGGGCCCCGCGGCCCCUGCGCCUUGUUCGGGAGAUGCGCCUCAGCAACGGAAAGCUCUACAGUGGAGCAGGCCCCCUGACAGGUGGUGCUGGAGGUGGAGGAGGUGGAGCAGGAGGGCCAGGGCUUUCAGAUCUUGGUCCUGGACCGCAGCGGCUCCUGGACGAUCCCCUGGGCGCCAACACCACCCCUCCUCCACCGGCCCCCGCCCCUGUGAUGCUGCCCGCCCGCAGCUGCACCCACGUGAGGAUCUGCCAGGAGUGCCGGAGGAUCCAGAGCCUGAGGUCAGGCACCAGUUUAGGAUCGACCUCGACAAGGAUACCACCUUUAUCAGCACCCCUGCCCAGGUUACCCCCUCCCCCGCCUCCAUCCUCAUCCAACACAGACAGUGAGGGCGGAGGGGGGCCCAGCCCGAGGCGGCUACAUCACAGCCCCCCACCUCAUACUGCCCGACCCCUUCCACCUCCACAGAGCAGCAACACCACAGACCUAAUGGUGAACCAGGACUGA